AUGCGCUCGUCUCUCCUCUCCGCUGCCGCCGGAGCUGCUUUGCUCCUCCCGGCCGCAACCGCCCAGUUUGUUGGCGCUCCCGGUGGUAACACUACCACCGUGAAGCCCGGCCCUGACGAGAACGGAAAGUACUGGAUCUUCAGCGACCACCUCAAGGCCUCUUUCAUCCCGUACGGUGCCUCCAUCUCGGACUUGAUCAUUAACGACAAGUACGGCAUCCCCCGCGACAUUGUCGGUGGCUUCGACAACGCCAGCUACUACGAAGUUGACCGCCAGCACCCCCAUUUCGGCGGUGUUCCCGGCCGCUACGCCAAUCGUAUCAAGAACUCCACGUUCGAGAUCGACGGUGAGACGUUCAAGGUUGACGCCAACGACAACAAUGGCCUGAACACCCUCCACGGUGGCUCCGAUGGCUGGGACUACCGCAACUUCACUGUGGUCUCCCACUCCAACAACAGCAUCACCUUCUCCUUUACCGACCCCGACGGAAAGGAGGGCUUCCCCGGCGAGGUUGUCUCACUCGUCACCUACACCCUGAGCGGCUGGAACUGGGACUUCAAGAUGAUCGCCAUUCCCACCACCAAGAAGACCCCCAUCAUGCUCAGCAGUCACACCUACUGGAACCUGGACGGUUUCGCCAACAACGAGACCAACACGGCAUUCAACCACACUCUUCACAUGCCCUACAACGGCCAGACAGUGGGCGUUGACAACAUUCUGAUCCCGACGGGUGAGAUUGUGGCCAACCCCAAGGGAUCCGUCAACGACUUCUGGAGCGCCCCCAAGCAGAUUGGCGCCGACUUCGGCAAGAAGGAGCUCGAGAACAACUGCGGUUACAACUGCACUGGCUAUGACAACUGCUGGAUUGUCAACCGCAACGACCUCGGCCCUUACAACUGGCGCAAUGAGGGUUACGUCGCCCGUCUGCAGUCUGCCUGGUCCGGUAUUCAACUCGACGUGUUCUCCGACCAGGAAGCUUUCCAGAUGUACAGCUGCAGCCAGCAGAACGGCUCCAUGGCCCUCAAGAAGUCCCAGGGCCUGUUCGACAACGCCGACUUCCCUCGCAUCAUCCCCAGAUAUGGCUGCGUUGUCCUCGAGGUCCAGGACUGGAUCGACGGCAUCAACAACCCUGCGUGGGGCCGUACCAAGAAGCAGAUCUACGGCCCUGGCGAUGACCCCUACGUCCUUCAGGCCAGCUACCGCUUCAGCAUCAACUCCACCAUUGAUGCGUAG